UGUCAGUGAUCCACGGCCAAGAUGGCAGCAAUCCGCCGCCACGUCCUGGCCAGGCGAGUCUCGUCAUCAUCUUCGACACCACCUCGUCCAUGGGCGACGAUCUGGAGGAAUUGCGCGCCGGGGCGGCGUUCAUCAUUCGCAAAAUGAUGACCAAAGCCAACAAUCCCAUCUACAAUUAUAUUUUCGUGCCAUUCAAUGAUCCAUACGUUGGCCCAGAACUCGACACGACGAACCCACAAGAGCUGCUCAAUGAACUGGACCGCGUCACGGUUUAUGGCGGAGGAGAUUGUCCCGAAAUGUGCAUCACAGGGAUCAAAUUCGCCCUGGAAAAGUGUCUGCCCAACUCAUUCGUCUACGUCUUCACGGACGCCGAUGCUAAAGACGCUUAUCUGAUGCCCGAUGCGAUGUCACUCCUUCAGGAGAAGAGGACUUCAAUCACAUUCAUUGUUGCUGAUGAUGCUUGUGAGCCAAUCCCGCCCACCUUCGACACUUACUACACUCUGGCAGAUGCCAGCAAUGGACAAGUGUUCAGAAUAAAGUCCAGGGACACAAAUACGAUCCUGGAAAGUGUGGGCGACACGCUGGAUCAAGGACUGCAGAUUCUGAAGUUAAUCAACUCCGAUAAGCCCGCAAGUCACGACAUUCCACUGGAGAUUGACAAGAACCUCAAGGAUUUCAGUGUGAGUGUGUCAGGAUCCGAUCCCAACAUCACAGUCAACAACCCAGACAAUCUGCCGUCGAAGAAAGCCAAAGGACUCGUGAAUCUGCCCAAUGUCAUGACCGUGAAGAUCAUGGAUCCCGAGCCAGGAUUGUGGAAAAUCGGAGCCUCUUCCAGUUCUCCGCAUUCAGUCAAGGUGGUGGGAAUAAGCGACAUCACCUUCCGCUUCGGAUUCACUCUGCACACGCCGCUGACCAUCGAUGAAGCCCUGCCGCGGCCGAUCAGAGGGAAUGACAACAUCUUCUGCAUCAUGCCGUCGGAUCCCUUCGCCAUCCGCACGCUGAACACCGUGAGAUUCUUCAGGGAAGGCCCUGUGAGUCCCUUCGAGUUCAUCCUGCCGCUGGCGCCCAUCAAGAACACCUUCUUGUUCAGCUGUCGUCCCUUUGCGCCGCCGACGGGCGUCUUCAAGAUCGAAGUGAAGGGUGAGGAUUCCGGGGGAAACAGAUUCUCACGGAUCCUCCCAACAGGACUCGACACAACAGACGUGGCGAGGCCGCAGUACUUGGGCAAGAGUCUGGAGCAGAACAUUGAACUGGCGCCAAACACGAGUGUCGAGCUGGACUGCAAAAUGGUGGGGAAUCCCCAGCCAGCAAUCAGAUGGUUCAAAGACGGCGUAGAAAUUGCCGGAGUGACGGAUGAAGUCUUGAGGAUCGAGUACGAGAGUGAGAAGCCCAUCAAUUACAAGUGCGAAGGAACCAACAGCGAAGGAAGCGAGAGUGUCACUUUCAAAGUGAACAAUUCGGAGCCUCCAGAAGUCAUCGAUUGGCUGAUGCGAGUGGCAAAUGACUCAACUGUCAGCGUCCUGGCUGGAGAUCCAGUGACACUCAACUGCCCGGCCAAAGGUGUGCCAGAUCCCACGCAGAAGUGGCAAAAGGACGGCGUGGAAGUCGCCGAAAGUCCUUCAGUGCAGUUGCUGGAAAAUGGGAAAUUCCUCUCAAUUCCACAAGCUAAUGACAGCGAUGCUGGCGUCUAUGAGUGCCUCGUGGAGAAUCCUGCUGGAAAUCUCACGCUCAGAUACACAAUUCAGGUUGAGGAAGCUCCCAAGUUCUCCAGCGAAGCUGAAGCUGAGCACUUUGAUCCUGAACUUGAGAGCUACAUUCAGAAGAUCUCGUCAAUGCCCGGCAAACCCGUGACUCUGAAUUGUCCGAUUGUUGGGAAGCCUCAGCCGGAGAUUUCUUGGUUCCGCGAGGAUCCGACAGAGAUAAUUCCAGAGAGAGUCCAGAUCGAAGGUGCGACUGAGGAUCAACUCACAAUUGAAGCCACAGAAGAUCCGGCAGGAUAUAUUUGCGUGGGAAGCAAUCCUCACGGAACGCUUGAGAAGCAGUUCCAAAUUGCCCCUGAAAGUGUGCCCAAGUUCACAGAUCCCAGCGAGAGGAAGAUAAAAGUGAAGCCUGACGAGGAUUUCACCCUUGACUGUUCAGUAGACUCUGCAGAUUCCAACACAACUGUGAAGUGGUUCAAAGAUGGACAGCCUUUGACUCCUGAUGGAAGCAAACUCGUGGCUUCUGACGAUGGAUUCAGCUUGAAUGUCACUAAAGUCGAUGUUGAUAGCGAUCCUGGACAGUAUUCCUGCACCGUGGAGAACCCUGCCGGGAGUUCUGAGAAGAAGUUCGACGUGGAGAAGGUCGUUCCGUCGCAGUGGUCAACGUGGACGGACUGGACGAGCUGCAAUUGCCGCGCCAAGGUGCAGUUCCGCAACAGAUUCUGCCAGUACAACAACGGCUCCUUGGUGGCGCCCGGCGACAGGAGUCAGUGUCCUGGCGAGGCGGUCCAGAUGCGUCCCUGUGAUGAUGAUUGCGACAGCGAAUGGAUGCCUUUCGGCGACUGGUCGCCGUGCUCUGUGACUUGCGGCGACGGCGUGAAGAUUCGCACGCGACGCUGCCGCGAUCCCAGGACCAAACCCUGCACUGGAGAGGACACAGAACGGGAGCCAUGCAACGAGAUGCCCUGCCCGGAGAACCAGAUGGCCUGCGAGGUGGGAUUCACGAUGAACAACGCCACGGGCGCGUGCGAGGACAUCGACGAGUGCUCUGGAGAAUACUUCAACGACUGCACGAAGAGGCAGAUCUGCGUGAACACGAUGGGAUCGUACGAGUGCCUCUGCCCCGCGGGCUUCGCCACGCACAGAUUCAAGAAGAAGUGUCUGGACAUCAAUGAGUGCACGCGAGGCACUCACGAGUGCUCGCACGAAUGUGUGAACACUAGAGGCGCUUAUGAAUGCCGAUGCCCUAAAGGAAUGAUCUUGGACAGCAACAAGAGGACCUGCAAAGAAGCCUAAUCCCUUUAUCCCUUGUCCAUUAACUCUCUUCUGUGUAAUUUCCACAUUUCUUAUUGUCACGAACUGUGAUUGGAGAUCUUA